CCUUGCCGAUCGUCACAUGAAGAUGGCGGCGGCCCUGGUGGAGCAUGUUGUCGCGGAUGCGGGAGCGUUUUUGAAGAAGGCUCCUCUUCAGGAAAUCGGCAGGAACAUCUACACUCUGAAAGAUGUGGUGGACGAGAUCAGAGACAAGCCCACAAGGAGGAGUCUGGCCUUCCUGCCGUACCAGCUCCACUUCAGGGAGCCGCACCCGGAGCACAUCAGACACGUGACGGAGUUCUCCAAAAAGACCGGAGACUAUCCGAGCCUCUCAGCCACCGACAUCAAAGUCCUGGCUCUGACCUACCAGCUGGAGCUGGAGCACGUGGGCGUGCAGCACCUGAGGAAAGAGCCGGAGGUUAAGGUUAACAUUCAGAGCACACAGCGCCACCCGGAGACUCCGGUGAACGUCGCAGGGUUCCACUUACCCUCCAAGAAACCCGCAGACGGUUCGAACAUCCAGCAGACAGAAGAGAAGACGCCAAACACGACCGACGAGUUCAACAGCUUCCAGUUCUGGAGGGAGCCGCUGCCGCCCAUCGACGACGAGCUGCUGGGCUUACUGGGUCCGGCGGAGGUUUUAAAAUCGAACGCCGAAGAGAAACAAACUGUCACGCGGACAGAGUCGGACACGCGGACGAAGUCGGACAGCGACGAGUUCAACAGCUUCCACUUCUGGAGGGAGCCGCUGCCGACCUUCGACGACGCGCUGCUGGGUUUACUGAAAGAGGGCGGUGUCUCAGCACAGACAGAGGAGCGGGCGGAGCAAAGGGUGUCAGAGGACCAAUCGGAGGACGAGAACAAAGAGAACGAGCCUGAAGAUGAAGAUGACAAAGAGAAUGAUGACAGCGAUGAUGGAGGAGGAUGGAUCACUCCCAGUAACAUCAAACAAGUGAAGAUGGACUCUGCUGAUUGGACGGCUCCAGCUGAUGUCAAAGUUGGGUGUCUGACCACCGACUUCGCCAUGCAGAACGUUCUCAUUCAGAUCGGACUUCACGUCCUCUCGGUGAACGGGAUGGUGAUCAAACAGGCGAGGAACCACAUCCUGAGAUGUCACGCCUGCUUCAAGACGACGGGCGACAUGAACAAAGUUUUCUGUCCUCACUGCGGGAACAGGACUCUGAAGAAGCUGGCGGUGACGCUGAAGGAGGACGGCAGCAUGCAGAUGCAUUUCUCCAAAAACCCCAAAGUGCUGAACCCCCGAGGGCUCCGGCACUCGCUGCCUCUGCCUCAUGGGGGGAAACACUCCUCCAACCCCCACCUGGUGGAGGACCAGCGCUUCCCCCAGCAGAGGCUGUCCCGAAAGGCUCGACAGAAGACCGACGUCUUCAACCCGGACUACGUGGCCGGAGCGUCGCCGUUCUGUGAGAACGACAUCUACAGCCGAGCCGCCAACCUGCAGAUCAGAGACAGCCAGUGUGGCGCCGGCAGGCGGCGAGCCAACCCCAACGCUGCCCGCAGGAAGUUUGUCAAGAAGAAAUGAAGACGGCAGGGACUCAGAUCACGUGUUCAAAUUAAAGGACCACAUCGUCAUUUUCCAAAUCAUUCAUCUGUUCAUCGGGUCUCCAGAUAAUUAGGCACAGUCUGCAGACCACCUGCUGGUGCGUGCAUGGACACUCAGACAUCCAAGACACAAGGAUCCACUGCACUUCUAAAGGGGCGUCCACACCAGAAGAGACGAGCGGCGGCGUAGCAACGUGAAAAAUUCAGUGAUAUUCGGCGACUGCUGGCGACUCGAAGUGAGCCGAGGGAAGUGACUGCCAAUGACUGACUGGCAUAAGAUGGUAAAUACAUUAGGUUACCUAGGCAACCAACCAUCAACUACAACGCGAUGCAUGAUGAGCAGAUCACUUCCUGCGUGGACGCCCCUGAAGAAUACCAGCUCCAGUUUAUUACAGGUUGCUCAUCAUUUCUUAUGGAAAGGACCGAAGAAUAAAUUACAUUAAAGGUUAAAAAGGUUCAUUUCUGCAGAGGUCACGUCAGGUUAUGGUGGCGGCUUUCAGAAGGGUUUUCAGGUGCAGCGAGGCUCUAACACAGAAGCAUGAAUGCUGCGUUAAAAUGUCAGAAAAUGUCUCUCAUUCUCACCUCGAGUCGGUCCAUCUUUAUGAGAUGGAGAAAUAAUUUUGACUCGACGUUUUCUGUACUGUGAUGCUGAUGUCCACCGGGCCAAACAUGACCCUUCAGUGGGCUCCUUCUGGCCCCGGGGCCUCAUGUUUGACACCCCUGACUUAGAAUAACUUUGGCUCGUGGCGACCCGCACGAUGACGGAGAAUUAUUGUGCUAGAAAUCUCCACUGUUUCUAUGGUAACACAGCAUCGCUGUCUGACAGUAAGAUGACACAAAAACCGGCGCAGAGGUGGAGCAUGAGCAAAGAAACCUUUAUUUAAACAGGAAGUAAGACGCUGGGGUUCAGAAAGAUUGAGUGACCAGGCAAAGAUCAGCUGUGGGUACAUAAAUAAGCAAAAACAUCCAAAAUCCUGAACUUCAGAGCGAAAGUCUCCCAUCCAAGUACGAACCAGGCCCUGCCUCGCUUCCAAGGUGGAGAGCCUGGAGUUUAACUUCAGAUAUUCCAGACGUGGAGAUCUGCUCAGAAACUGAUGGAUGGUUUGGAAACACUGGUGGGGAACUGUGUAGUCCUUUAA